AUGCCCAGUGAUUCUGAAAAUAGUGACAAUAAAGAAGUGGAGUGGUCAGAUAUUGACAAUCCUCCAAUUAUUGAACCAUAUUUAGGUCAAAGUGGUGUUUUUAAACCAAAUAAUCCACAAAGUGUAAUCAAAGUGGUUCAGCUAUUUUUGGGGAAUGAUUUGUUUGACUAUAUGGCCGAAGAAAGUAACCGUUAUCGUUCACAAAAUAUUGAUCGGUUUAAAAACAGUGCAAGUUCUUUGAAAUGGAAAGACGUAUCUGCAGUAGAAUUGAUGUUAGGAUUACUAUUGCUUAUGGGCAAAAUUCGUAAAAAGAAUAGGAAUGAAUACUGGUCCACAAGCAGAAACCCAAUUUUUAUCCAAGUGAUGAAAAAAGAUGGUUACAUAUGGUAA